AAAAGGAGAUUCCGAAACUUCCCAAAAAAAAAGAGAAAACCCCGAAACUUACUGCUCUCUCUAAUUUGACCUCGUAGCUAGAGUUACCGGAUAAUCGGCUGAAACCCUUCGAAAAGUCACCGGCAGCUGAAUCCAAUACUGUAAGGAGUUUCUGAGUCCACGUCACUUAGUGGCUUGCAACGGCCACGUGCCGGUUAACCAACUCCAAAAUUGUUGGGUUCUCACUAGGUCAGCGUUUCUUCGUUUUUUCCCCAAACUUUUUUGGCGUACAAUUGGAAAUUUCUGUUUCCGGUUCCACCACCUUUUUUCCCCAAUUUAAUUUUCACGAGAGCUUCAUUAAUGGUCGUCUUGUGAAGCCUAAUUUCUUCAAUCAGCCGACUUUUCUGUGAAAUUGAUCAUCGUUGAAGCCUGUUCAUCGAAGAUUCUGAUUAUUUUACCUUUUGUCAGGGAAGCUGCUGUUUGUGCUCUUCGUAUAAAAAAAUUAUUUGAGGAUUUCGGAGACGAUUAUUGGUUGAGUUUUAGUAAACUUUGAGGUUAUUUUUUUGGAGUUGUAAACAUAUGUAGGGUAAUUUGGGGAGGUGGAAAAUCCCUCCUCUUAAAUGGCAGAAGAUGGUGUAUGGGGUAGUGCAUUAUCAUCAGGGUUAGCGUUAAUACUUAAUGGCGAAGAUAAGAAAACGAAUCCUCAAAAGAAUCGUCUUGUUUCAUAUCAUGAUGAUUUCGGGCACCAGUCAUUGGAAAAAACAUUGGAAUAUAUUUUUGACCUUCCUUAUCGAUCAAUUGGACCGCUGGGUGGUCUGCUGGAUGUUAAUGUAGUCCAUUCUAUUGUCAAGAGGUGUUUUCUGAAGUUUCCGACAUCUUUAAGUUCUCAACCUCCAGGUAGGGAUGGUCUUUGUAUCUUUGACCGUGGAUGUGGGCUUGUUGUUUCGAUUGACGAGUCCAGCAUAUGUGGGGAUUUGCAGAAAGUUAGCCCCCCUUUGUUCCUAGAAAGUCUGGCCAUUUUCAGCAGUGCCAGAGCAAAUGCCUGUGUGUGGGAAGGCAAAUGGAUGUAUGAAGUGAUGCUAGAAACUGCAGGGAUACAACAGCUUGGCUGGGCAACAAUUUCUUGUCCUUUCACUGACCGUAUGGGAGUGGGUGAUGCUGAGGAUUCUUAUGCUUUUGAUGGUAAGAGGGUUAAAAAAUGGAAUGAGGAGGAUGAGGCAUAUGGUCAGUCAUGGGUGGUUGGUGAUGUUAUUGGAUGCUGCAUAGACUUGGAUGAGGACAGGAUACUGUUCUACAGGAAUGGUAUUCCACUUGGGGUUGCAUUUGCCGGCAUUCGAAAGAUGAAUCCUGGAUUGGGUUACUUUCCUGCGGUCUCCCUAUCUCAGGGUGAAAGGUGUGAUUUGAAUUUUGGUGCGCGGCUCUUCAAGUAUCCAAUCGAAGGCUUCCUUCCUCUACAAAAUCCUCCAUCUGCAACUUCACGUGCUUCCCAGUUGUUGCAAUGCUUAUCAAGGAUGUUGGAAAUAGAACGCAUGGAAAGGGCCGAGUUCUCGUCUAUCGAUAAAUUGAGAAGGUUUGUUCCACUGGAUGACAUUUUUCACCCUGUUGCUGAUGCAAUAUGUGACGAGUUCUUUUCUAUCUUGGAUGAAGAUGAGAAGGCCAUGGAGUAUAUAUCAUGGGGUCCAUUUUUAUCAUUUUUGAUGGAAUUAUAUGGUCUGCAUUUACCACAUGAUCAUCGGAGCUUGGACAAAGUCCUUGACAUUGUUCUAAAGUUUAGAAGCUCAACCUUGCUAUUUCAGCAUGUAAUAGGGGCCCUGUCUUACGGUUGCAAAACAGCUGCUUUGGUUUUAACCGAGUGCCCAUAUUCAGGAUCAUAUCCAUAUCUUGCACUGGCUUGCCAUUUGUUAAGAAGAGAAGAGUUGCUGGUGCUGUGGUGGAAGUUAUCUGAGUUUGAUUUCCUCCUUGAAGGUUUUCUGUCAUGGAAAUGCCCUAACAAGCAAGAUCUUCAGUUGAUGAUGCCUUCUGUUUGGUGGCCUAAUUCAUGUGAGGACAUUUCUCAUGAAAACAGUAUGAUGCUAACCACCACAGCUCUAUCGGAUGCAAUUAGCAAGAUUGAGGAGAAGCACCGAGACCUCUGUUGCCUGGUAAUCCAGUUCAUUCCACCUGUGAUGCCUCCUCAGCUUCCUGGUUCAGUUUUUAGGAAGUUCCUGCAAAAUGUGUUAGGAGCCGCAGACCGUAAUAUGACUGCUCCGGGGGUUCUAGGGAACACUGUCCUUGUUUCCUUAUAUGCUGUUAUUCUUCAUUAUCUUUCUGAAGGUUUUCCGGUGGCAGAUAUAUGUGGAUGGUCUAAGAGCCGAAGAGAUGGUGCUAAAAAGGAUAUUGGUUUUCUACAUCGGGGUGGUCAGCUCAGUUUUCCCAUUGAGUUGUUUGUCAAAAAUGAUCCAAUGAGGAUAAACAUUUCCAGAGUUGGAGGAUCAUUUAGCAAUCUGUUAGAACUGCAUUCUGUGCAGGAAAGAGAGUCUGAAGUGAUCUCUUGGGAAGAAGGCUGCAUGAAUGAUGAAGACUCUAGAGUAACACAUCUUACAAGACAGAAGCCAUGUUGCUGUUCUAGCUAUGAAAUUGAUUUCACCAGAGUCUCUCGUGAUCCAACCAGAUCCAGAGCCAAAGGUUCUAGAGGCCAUAACUCUUCCAUUCCCGAGGGAUCUGUUCAUGUUGCUUCUGAAUGCAAUCCUAGAAGUUUGAAUGAGGAAAUCGAAGAUAAACCUAGUUCAAGUGAACAUCCACACUCUCAAUUUGGGUAUCGACCAAUGCAACAAUCAAGAACAGUAACCGAAGAUAGUAACUGUUCUUCAGCAAUUUUGAGAGAGGAGGAACUUCUUGAUGUUAUGCUAUUUCUGUAUCACGUAGGGGUUGCUCCAAAUUUUAGGCAGGCAUCUUACUACAUGUCGCAUCAAUCACAAUCAAUAUCACUCUUGGAAGAAACUGAUAGACAACUAAAAGAAAGACCGUGCCAUGAGCAACAAAAGCGGCUAAAAGAGGCACGAAAUAUUUACAGGGAAGAAGUUAUUGACUGCGUGAGACACUCGACAUGGUAUCGUAUCUCUUUAUUGUCUCGAUGGAAACAGAGAGGAAUGUAUGCUUCUUGCAUGUGGAUCGUGCAAUUGCUUCUGGUGAUCAGCAAAGAUAACACCUUGUUCAGUUUCGUUCCUGAAUAUUAUCUGGAAGCUCUGGUUGAUUGCUUUCACGUUUUACGUAAAAGUGAUCCACCAUUUGUCCCUUCUUCUAUUUUUAUCAAGCAAGGACUCAGUUCAUUUGUCACCUUUGUUGUUACUCACUUCAGUGAUCCCCGGAUAUCGAGUGCAGAUAUAAAAGAUCUGCUUCUUCAAUCUAUAUCGGUAUUAGUACAGUACAAAGAAUAUUUGGUUUCUUUUGAAACCAAUCAUGCAGCUACCCACAAGAUGCCAAAAGCCUUGUUUUCAGCAUUUGAUAAUAGAUCCUGGAUCCCAGUGACUAAUAUUCUUCUAAGGUUGUGCAAAGGUUCUGGUUUCGGCUCUUCAAAACAUGGUGAGACAUCAUCCUCUUCGGUUGUUUUCCAGAGAUUGUUGCGUGAUGUAUGUGCCGAAGAUGAAGAACUAUUUGCUGCUUUCCUGAAUCGCUUAUUCAAUACCUUGAGUUGGACAAUGACAGAGUUUUCAGUAUCAAUUCGAGAAAUGCAAGAAAAGAACCAUAUUUUGGAGUUCCAACAGAGAAAAUGCAGCGCAAUUUUUGAUUUGUCUUGCAAUCUUGCUCGUAUUCUUGAGUUUUGCACGCAUGAGAUUCCUCAAGCAUUUCUUUUAGGAAAUGAUAUGCAUCUCAAAAGGUUGACCGAGUUGGUCAUCUUCACACUUAACCAGAUGACAUCAGCAACUGAUUCUGAGUUUUUUGAUUGGUCAGUGAAACGACAUGGUCAGCCUCUGGAGAAAAUAAAUCGGGGCAUGAUAUUGGCUCCUCUUGUUGGCAUCAUAGUGAAUUUGGUGGAAGCCAGUACAGAAGUUGAAUCAAGGGAACAGAAUGAUUUAAUUGAAGUUUUGGCCAGGAUGGACUGUCCGGAAACUGUUCUUUUUGGACUCCAAUAUGUGUUGGGGUUCAACUGGGCUGGUUUUUCGAAAGGGAAUGUUCACUUUGCUAAGCUGAGGCAACUUGAGGAGUUCUUAACCUGUCUUAUUUGCCGGAUGGGGUCCCGGGAUUUGGAGGCAUCUGCUUUCCUGCAAGAAUCAGAAUGUGAUGACAGUAUCUGUUGUAUCUGCUAUACUUGUGUGGCUGACGCUCAGUUCAUUCCUUGUUUACACCAAUCAUGCUAUGGAUGCAUUACUCGACAUCUCUUGAAUUGCGAGAGAUGCUUCUUUUGUAAUGCCAUAGUCGCUAAAGUCAUCAAGGACGAAUCAAAGACAGUUUGAAUUUCAAGUUUAUAUAGUUCCACUUAGUAAAUUUUUUGCUCUGAGAUCUUUACUGGUUCUAUUAUUAUCAGUUGAUCUCAGCUUGGUGGUGACUUCUCUGUUGCAAGAACUGAAGUUGCCUCAACAACGUUGGAGCUAUCUUAUGUUAUGCUUGCAGAAGAAAGGACAUCAACAUCAGCAGGGAGUAUAGUAAAGUACUCCUUUAUUAUUAGUAGUUUAGCAUAGAAAUUUAAGUUCAUUUUUCAAUUUGUAUAUAUUUAUGUAGUCGAUGUAGGAUUAAGGAUUGCCAUGGGCAGGCAGGGAAAUUAAUAAACCAUGGUAUGGAAAAUUUGUGUAGGCAUUAUGUAUAUACCAAGGAAUGGCAAGAAAAUGUUAAAGCUGUUUGUUAUUCUUGUU